AUGCAUGAUAUCAUAUCAUUGAUGAUCAGUAAACCUGACCCCACUACUGGAAAAUUCAUGGCUGUGAGCGAAAUUGCUGAUAAAGCUUUGGGAUUACUUUCCGGAGCAUUUAAUUCACCUUCCAUUGCUACGGCUUUUGUUAUGAAGUAUCUUGGAGAAAGACUUCAAGUUUUUCAUAAAGUCGGAAAUGAACAAAUGGAGAUUGCAAGCUCUAAAAAGGCAGGUGAAGCACUUAAUUGGGAGGAUAUACAGAAGAUGAAGUAUUCAUGGAAUGUAGCACUUGAAGCAAUGAGGCUACAACCACCAAUUCAAGUAAUAUUUAGAGAGGCGUUGACGGACUUCACCUAUGAAGGCUAUACAAUUCCUAAAGGAAGGAAGGUGUAUUGGACAGUUAGCACAACAACUAUGAAUCCAGAAUGUUUCUCGACACCAGAAGAGUUUGAUCCGACAAGGUUCGAGAGAGAAGGUCCUCCACCGUAUACGAAUAUCCCAUUUGGGAGUGGUCCUAGAAGUACUUGUCCUAGAAGAGACUAUGCUGGCCUUGAAAUUCUCACAUUUAUGCAUCAUGUGAAGAAGUUGAUGAAUAUUGAUAUUAUUCAAUCAAGUUGCAUGAUUGAGAUUGGGAUGAGAUUGAGCUAUUCUGUCAUGCCCCCUCAAGCUAAAGGGUGGAAUGGAAUGAACCCCAAGUUUGCCUCAAAAAUUGUGGAACAAGUCGCCGGUCAAUGGUUUUGUCUUAAUGUCUACAAUUUGAAGGUGAGAAGGAAGAAAACGUGUGACAAGAUGUCCUGUGGCAACCUAUUCCCUAACAAAGUGAUAAUCAAUUUGGACAUGCUUGGUAUGGCCAUGGAGAAUUGGAUUCAUUGUCAUAUGCAAAGCACUGAGAUUGUCACAAAGAAGCUGUGGAUGUUUGAGAAGAGGAACACCAAUAUCUCGUAA